UGAAAAUAAGUUUCGUUUUCUUAGUUUCCAAGAAUCACUAUUAAGAAAAAAAACCAAAUGAUAUAUACAAGUGUACUAAUACUAUCUAAAACAUUUUGGGUCUUUCUAUUAUAGUGAGUCUGCUGCAUGUGUACGUGGAACUGAAAUAAGAAAAAUGACGGAGCUUCUGGAUCAGGUAUACAAAGAUCAGCUGGCAAUCUGGAUAGGGAAGACUUGCCACUUACGGUUAUUGUACAAGAUCAGCAGAGAUGGAUGUUCAGCUGCAACAUUCCACCAGAAGUGUGACGGGCAGGGACCUACAGUAACGGUUUUAUACAACACAAAUAACACGAUUUACGGGGGGUACCUGUCACAGAGCUGGCAUUCUUACAGCAACUUCAUCAACGAUCCUAAUGCGUUUCUGUUUCGACUGCAGUAUAAUGGGUCAUCAAAUCCCCUGAAGUUUCCAAUUGACCACAAUUCUUACAUGUAUGCAGGGUAUGGAAAAUCAAGUUAUGGGCCAACAUUUGGUGACAGUGACAUUCGUUCCUUUAGUGGAACUAUCAACAAGUCUGGAAAGUACUUUCCUUUGAAUGGCUCUUUAAAUAUGGGAAACAUUUAUUUGUUAAAUGGACAGAACGUGAAUUCCAUAACAAAUGGUCAUCUUCAAGUAACUGAUCUAGAAGUAUACCAAGUAAAAGAUGGCUCUGACCCAAACAAAUCUACAGAAGUGGCAGUGGGUUCAGUAAUUCUGGACUACCCUUGGAGAAAGUUUCCAGAGUUUAAUGAGGAGGCAGUUCAACAACUGAAGAAAUUGAUUAUUGAUUUUGAGCCUGAGAGUGACGCUAACUUGUCUGCCGUCAAUAUUCUUCUGAUUGGUCAAAUUGGUGCGGGAAAGUCCAGCUUUUUCAACUCUGUCAAUUCCAUUUUCCGCGGAAAAAUCACCAGUAAGGCUCGGAGUGGGAGUUUUGAACACAGUCUUACAACAGUGUUUCGAAAGUACACCAUCAAGGACCAGAACUCUGGACAUAACCUGAAGAUCCGUUUGUGUGAUACCCGGGGUCUGGAGGAGAAUUUUAGAAUGGAUGCUCAGGAGAUAGCUUAUAUACUGGACGGUAACGUGCCGGACAGGUACCAGUUUAAUCCAUCGUCACCCUUUACUACGGAAACCUUUGGAUUCAUUCGGAACCCAAGACUUGGAGACAAAAUUCACUGUGUGGCGUUUGUAGUGGACGGAAGUACUAUUGACGUCAUGCCCCAAAAAAUUCUAAAACAACUAAAGGAACUACAGGGCAGGAUGAAUCAGAGGAAUAUUCCCCAGGUUGUGUAUUUGACCAAACUGGACAAAGUUUGUCCAAAGGUCGAUGAGGAUGCGUCGAAUAUGUUUUACAGUCCAGCUGUCCGUGACACAGUCAACAAGGUUGCUGACGUCAUGGGACUACCGCGUGGCCAUAUCCUGCCAAUCAAAAACUACGAGAAUGAAACAAGUCUGGAUCCAAAUAUUGACAUCUUGAUUCUGAAGGCGUUGAAGCAGACGGCAGAUUUUGCAGACGACUACUUAGAGGAACAGGUAGAUAAAAUGGCUGCUGAAGGAAAGAGGAAAGAAAAAGACUAAAAGAAAGUUUUGGGG